AUGUGGUCGACGGCGACAUAUCGCGAGGACGGAAGAGGCUCGUCUACCAUAGCUUGUCAUUCCUGUCGUAGACGCAAAGUGAAAUGUGACCGACAGCUACCGCGUUGCAAAGUGUGUGCACAAACCGACCAGACAUGCAAAUAUCCCCUUCGUUCUAUGAAGCCCGGUCCAAGAAUCGGGUCAAUACAACGGUCAAGGAAGCGCACACAAGCCCGCGCAGCUCGGAAAGAGGAUGAGCAACAAAAUCCAUCGGUUGGCUCCCCACAUGACCAAUGGGUUGGUUUCAAAGCGUCGACAGAGCGUGUGGCCGGAUAUGGCGAGUGCAACCGUGUUCGAAGCCAGAGUUCCAGAAAAGCCCAAGCCCCAUGCGACCAUGGCAAGGAACCCAGCCAAGCCGACCGAGACUGCGAGUGGAAGCCCUCACACUUCAACAUGCACGACCUGUCUUUUGUCCUCCACCCGUCUCACGAAGUUUCAACACCUGAGAAGGAACAGGAGCACCCCCAGAAUGGCGAGAUGGACCAACGUCGGCACACGCUCCUUCAACGGGCCAGCCAAGAUCUUCAGCUAUCCCAGCCCAUGCUGGAUCUCCUCAUUCGCAGCUAUUUUGACAACAUGGUGGCCAUCAAUAUCUUUCAUGAGCCGACGUUUAGUGCAAAACUUGGCAACAUGACAUCAGUGGCACAGAUUUGUGCCCUUCUCUCUGCCGUGAUAGGGUACUCCGCUCGCUUCUACAUAUCCGAGUUGCAACUGAACAAGGACACUGGAGCGGAGCGCACUGGUGACGAGGAGCUCCCCGGGCCCGAUCACUUUCUCGGCCUCGCCUUUCGGUUCAUCGACGAAGCGCUGGACGAAUGUGGCGAUGACCAGCCCCCCUUGUGCAUCCUCCAAGCUCUCAUCGUGGCGACACACUGCCAGCUGACCCGUGGCGUUCACGGAAGGGCAUGGAGAUCUCUUGGCCUUUGCGUGAGGCUGGCGUACGAGCUUAAUCUUCACCUGGUGGACGCGUUAGAGACCGAUCGAGCGGGACCCGAGGAUCCGAUCCAAUGGCGCGACAACGAGGAGAAGCGGAGGGCGUGGUGGGCGAUAUGGGAGAUGGAUGUCUUUGCCAGCACAAUCCGCCGAACGCCGACAGCUAUGGACUGGACGCAGAUGGAGAUUCUGCUGCCCGUCGACGACUCCGACUGGUUUCAGGACCGACCGGCCCCGAGCAGCUUCCUCGAGUCGGAUCCCAGCCAACGAUGGAAAUCCACCCAGGAAGCAGGCAACCAGUCGCCCAAGGCUUGGUUUCUCAUCAUCAACUCCAUAAUGAAGGACGCGCAGCUCAUCACCAGUCCCCACGGCGUGCGCUGGCAGUCGCAGCAGCCCCAGCGCGACGGAUCAGACCGUCACAUCAAUGGCCGUCGGCGCUCAGUCGAUGAAGCGCGUCAAAAACUCGAGAUCCUGGCGAACUCGAUCCAAUGCUUCGCCAUGGCUCUUCCACACCACUUGCGCUACCGUAGCCAGUACCUUGGCUUUGAUCCUCCGGCCGUCGGGGGCUCCGACUCCAACCAACAGCUCCACUGCGGAAUCUACAACAUCUUUGUCAUGACGCAGCUCACGCGUCUCAUGAUUCACCGUUACGAGCUCUUUGCCGACAACGUCUCCUUCCGACAAACCAGCCGUACCGGGCUUCCGCCGGCUUCAGAAGAGACCAUAGGCCAGCUUACUUUACACCUGAAGGACACAAACAAUGCCUCGGCACGACAGUACUUUGAGGCGGCAGACAACAUAUUCAUGAUUGUAAACCGCAGCUCCGAAGAUCACAUCAAGCACAUGAAUCCUUUCCUACUCAGCACAAUCUGGCUGGCCUCGGCGGUCCUGCUGGUCCGUCAGCACUAUGGCCCUCCUAGCAAACUCCCCGACUUGGUCAAAUCACGCUUCGACGUCUUGUAUCUGACGUACAAGCGCUGCAUUGAUUUCUGGAAUAGCAAGACUGCCAUGGGCCAGAACCUUGAGAUGCUCGAGAGAAGCAUCGAAGAA